AUGAGACCGCUGACUGCAAGCACAUUCGCCGCCAGUGCGCGAUGGAGCAUACAACCCGCCGCCGCUGCAACACCAGCACCCGCAUACGCAAGGGCUACAUCCUAUAGACGGAUAUCAACAUUGCCUCGGACACCGCAAGGCUCUGUCUCACGCACCUCCGUGCCAUUGGCAUCCUUGGCUUCACCACAACCAUUUCUUCGCAGUAAUUUCCUGCCCCACGAUGUCCUCUUCCGCACAUCGGCCGCAUACGCCCGCCACUUUUCUUCUCGGCCCGCCCUGUACGAGCAAGCACAAAAACAAAAGGCUGUAAAGGACGAAGAGCCAGUGCCGCAAUCGGAGGCUAAGAAGUCCACAACCUCCGAGGGAAGCACUGCGGAGGAAGCCACAAAGAAAGAGGGCGAGGAAGCAAAGGAAAAGAAGGAGGGCGAGGAGGAGUCGGGUGAGCAAAAGGAAGGCGAGGAGGGUCAGAAGAAAGAGAAGCAGGAUGCACCUCCACCUCCACCCCACGGUGACAAGACCCCCUGGCAAGUCUUCACUGAGACGCUGAAGCAGGAGUUCCAGGCUUCAAAAGACUGGAACGAGGGCACAAAGCAAUUGGGCGGCGCGCUGCACGAUUUCCAACAGAACCCAAAUGUCCAAAAGGCUGGCCAAAUCUCUGAGGCUGCAAAGACAAAGACAGCCGAGGCACUGAAAGCAACUGCAUCAGCUGUGGGUCAAGGUGCGGCUUGGACGUGGGAUACCAUGCCUGUGAAGGGUGUUCGUGCUGCUGCUAGGGUUACUGGAAGCGGUAUUGAAUACGCAACAAGACCAGUGCGACAAACAAAGGCUUUUCAGGCCGUAAAGGAGACCAUUGAUGAUGGCAGCUCAUCAAGAUAUGGUGGCUGGGUCGAAAAGGAAGAGCGCAGGAAGAGGCGAGAGUUGCGUGAGCUCAACGAGCUCAAGCGAACUGGCGGCAAAGCUCUCGGGCCAAUGGAAGAGGACCCAAAUGCCGGUACCAAUGUAACACUACACAAGGACGCGAAGUACAAAGAGGUCUGGAGAGAGUGGAAGGACAACUCCAAGCUCGCCCAAGGAUUCUUCAAUAUGAAAGCUGUCUACAGAGAGUCUGACAACCCUCUCAUUGAGACGGCUCGUAGCAUCUCGGACCGCAUCACUGGUUUCUUCGCCGAAAACGAAACAGCAAUGGUCAUCAAGAAAUUCCGGGAGAUGGACCCCAACUUCCAGAUGGAGUCUUUCCUGACUGAGAUGCGCGAAUACAUCCUGCCUGAGGUUCUGGAUGCUUAUGUCAAGGGCGACGUCGCUGUUUUGAAGGAGUGGCUGUCGGCAGCCCAGUACUCUGUUUACGCUGCACUGAUGCAGCAAUACCAAGCCGCUGGUCUCAAGUCUGACGGAAAGAUUGUGGAUAUCCGCGGUGUUGAUGUUCUCAACGCAAAACUUUUGGAGCCUGGAGAGAUCCCUGUCUUCAUCCUCACGUGCAGAACCCAAGAGGUGCACGUCUACCGCAACGCAAAGAGCGGAGAGUUGGCUUCUGGCAUGGACGACAAAGUCCAACAGGUGACAUACGCCAUUGGUGUUACCAGGAUACCAGAAGAUGUCAACAAUCCUGAGACAAGAGGAUGGCGACUGAUCGAGCUGCAAAAGAGUGCCAGAGAUUACUACUGA